CUUGCUUGAAGGGCUGCGGCGUUGCUGCUCGCCGGCUUCGCUGCUCACAGUGGCAGCGGGAGCCGCGAGGAGCAGUUGCUCCAUGGAAGGCUAACGCCGCCUGAAAGGGCGGGAAGAAGGGGGACUGGGCUUCGUCGCUGCCGCCUUUCUCUCGUUCUUCUCCCGCGGAAGCUGGGCGCCGUGCGGGCGUAGAACGGCUCCUGCUGGGUGGGUUGUCCACCUGCCCGCGGCUAUGGCCGGCGGCGGCGGCGGCGGCGGCGGCGGCACUGGUGAGGCGCCCCUGCCCAUCGAGGACUCGGAACUGGCACUCGCCGGCAUCAACAUGCUGCUCAACAACGGCUUCCGGGAGUCGGACCAGCUCUUCAGGAAAUACAGAAACCAUAGCCCGUUAAUGAGUUUUGGAGCCAGCUUUGUCAGUUUUUUGAAUGCCAUGAUGACUUUUGAAGAAGAAAAAAUGCAGCUGGCAUGUGAAGAUUUAAAAGCUACUGAAAAACUGUGCGAGAGCGAAGAAGCAGGAGUUAUAGAAACCAUCAAAAAUAAAAUUAAGAAAAAUGUUGAUGGUCGAAAGACAGCCCUAUCCAUGAUUGAUCGAUUGCAGAGACAGAUAAUUGUAGCAGACUGUCAAGUUUAUCUUGCUGUGCUCUCUUUUGUAAAACAAGAAUUAUCAGCUUACAUAAAAGGUGGGUGGAUCCUUAGAAAAGCUUGGAAAAUCUACAAUAAGUGCUACACAGACAUUAAUACACUUCAGGAAUUAUAUCAGAAGAAGAUAAAUCGGGAAUCCUUGACCUCCGAUGCUGCAAAUGAUAAUCAUAUUGCCGCAGAAGGUGUAACGGAGGAUUCGCUAAACAGACUGAAAGGUGCUGUUAGCUUUGGAUAUGGACUUUUUCAUCUUUGCAUAUCCAUGGUGCCCCCAAACCUGCUCAAAAUCAUCAACCUGCUGGGUUUUCCUGGAGACCGCCUACAGGGGCUUUCUUCACUGAUGUAUGCAAGUGAAAGUAAGGACAUGAAGGCCCCUUUAGCUACAUUAGCCUUGCUGUGGUACCAUACUGUGGUUCGUCCUUUUUUUGCUUUGGAUGGCAGUGAUACUAAAGCUGGAUUGCAAGAGGCGAAAGAGAUUCUUCAGAAAAAAGAAGCUGCUUAUCCAAACUCAUCCCUUUUUAUGUUCUUUAAAGGAAGAAUACAGCGCUUAGAGUGUCAAAUCAACAGUGCCUUGGCCUCCUUUCAUACUGCUUUGGAACUUGCAACUGAUCAGAGAGAGAUUCAGCAUGUCUGCCUAUAUGAAAUUGGCUGGUGUAGCAUGAUAGAAAUGAAUUUCAAGGAUGCCUUUGAAUCCUUUGAACGUCUUAAAAAUGAGUCAAGAUGGUCCCAGUGCUAUUAUGCCUAUUUAACAGCAGUGUGUCAAGGAGCCACUGGUGAUGUAAAUGAUGCACAGAAUGUUUUCAAGGAAGUUCAGAAGCUCUUUAAAAGAAAAAACAAUCAAAUCGAGCAGUUCUCAGUAAAAAAGGCAGAUAGAUUUAGGAAGCAGAAACCAACCAAACAGCUCUGUGUACUGGCAUCCAUUGAAGUACUGUAUUUAUGGAAAGCUCUUCCAAACUGUUCCUUUACCAACCUACAGCACAUGAGUCAAGCUUGCCAAGAAGUGGAUGAUUCUGCUGUUCUUGGUUUGAAAAACUUGCUGCUUGGUGCCAUACAUAAAUGUUUAGGAAAUGCUGAGGAUGCUGUUCAGUUCUUUCAGCAAGCCCUUAAAGAUGAAUUGUGCCGCCAAAACAAUUUGUAUAUUCAGCCAUAUGCAUGCUAUGAACUUGGUUGUCUUUUAUUAGAAGAACCACAGACUGUACCAAGAGGCAAAACCUUACUGCUGCAAGCAAAGGAGGAAUUCACUGGGUAUGAUUUUGAGAACAGACUGCAUGUCCGCAUACAUGCAGCGUUAGCCUCUCUGAGAGAAGUGGUCCCCCAGUGAUGGACAGGAAUCCUCAACUCUUCCUUUCGUACAGUUUGAGUUGUCAGGAAGACCAGCUUGUCUCCAGAGAAACCACCUGUGCCAGAGACCCUUUCCACAACUUGUGGAGCUGGUGACUGGAAAACACGGCAGUCCCCUAAAUUCUAUAAGGAUAUAGUUAACCAGAAAGGUGAAGUGAUCUUGGGUUCAGUCUGGUGGUAACUUCUCCUGCACAAGCUCUAUUUAUAUAAGUAGAAACUAGGAGUCAUACUUAAGUCUUACCCCUGUGGUUCUGUAAGGCUUGUGCUGGAGAACUGCCCCUCCCGUAGAAGUCCUUUUGUUCUAAUGCUUUUUGGGAUGUGUAUUUUAUUAUGUUUGUUUUUAGCUAACCCGACCUUAUUAGGCUGUGAUUGUGCAAAUGAACCUAAUAAGCACAUUUUGAUUUCCUAUAAUUAUAUCACCUCAGUUUCUGCAGAUAGAUUUAUUUGUUCUUUUGUAGAGGGGAACCACCUGUUUAUUUGGCAUAGUUCUGUGUAAUUAAUUGUUUCAAACUGUACAUAGGCAGAAACAGAUAUAAUUUUAUUCCAGAGCCAACAACAACAGAGCUAGAAAGAAACAAGCCUGGCAGACUUGCAGCACAACAAAUCUGCUCAAGUUUUCCUUGAUCAUUCAGCCAUGUAAAUAACAAAACCAACCCCUGUUAAAUUGUGAGAAUAUUUAGAAAUUUUCUUCUAUUUUUCAGCCAAAUGUUUAUUUUUAAAUUCUUACUUUCUGUGUUCAAUUAUCUGUUAAAUAGCACUGUGGUCUAAUAGUCUUGCCAUGGCAAGGCCUUUACAAAUUACCCCUCAUGUUGCUAAAAUUUAUGUUAGAUAGAACAAGACUUUUGUGGCAUUCCGAGCCUGUGGCACCACUUACCUUUAUUCCAGUUUUAGAGCUUUUAAAGUAAUGUAACAAUCUACAAUUGCACUCUUUCUGAUUUUUAAGAUGGUCACACAUUAUCUUAGUGUUAUUUUUUAAUGGGUAUGGGUUUUUUUUUAAAAAAAAAAUUGAAUAGCACCUCUUCCUAAAUACCUGGCAGUUAUAUAACUCUGUGAAGCUGGAGUAGUUUACUUUUAUUUCGGAGUGGUAAUGCCUUACUUUCACUUCCACUAGUUAUCGUUCUAAAACUAUCUAUCUAAAUUUGCAAAAUGCUGUUAUCUUGCUGCACUUCACCCAAAUUGAUCGGCUUCAGUGUGCUCAUGGCAAAUCUUUGAUCCUGAUUCAAAGCUCAGUAGGUUUCCAGAGGACAAGUGGGUUUAUAUACAAGUGGCAGGGGAAUCAUUGCUCAUUCACUUCAAGCAUUGAGUAAUACUCCGUAUGGCAUAGUACAUAUAGAGCAUUCCCCAAAUUGAAUAGGCCCAUUCCUUGGGCUGCCACACAUGCGCUGGAACUACUGAGUGCACACUGGAGCUGUGACAGGUAGGCUGCCUCUCUUUACUGUCAUGCUAAAAAGCACUUCAUGGUUGCUCAGUCUCUAAUGUUCUAACAAGAGGUUGACCAUCAGGAUGUAGAUGACAGCUUUAAUCCUAUAGUCACAGGUUGGGUUAUAUGAUGGUAGUGUUCCCCCACUGGAAGGAGCCACUAGCAGAAUGGAAUUCCCCUUCCCUUGUGCGUGCUCUUGGUUUGAUCUAGAGCACAAGUAGACAGGAGCAGAGGACCAGGGGAAUCUGUUGCAUACUUGGACUUCCACAUGUAUAGGAAUUAGAUCCAGUUCUGUAUGCCACGAAUACAUUUGUUCAGACUUGACUGUCACACUGAGCCUUGAUUUUCUUGUUUUGGGGAGUUCCAUUUUUAAAUUGGCAAGUUCCUGAUUUUUGUUGCAUUUUACAGAUGCAGUGUUUGCUGUCAUGUCAGCAUGCAUAUGUUAAAAGAACACAGAAUGUGCAAUAACUGAUUUUGGUCUUUGUGUUCAGUGAUCUGUUGGAAAACUUGCAGUGUAUGUUCACUCUGUGUAAACCAGAAGUUGUAAAAGAAGAAUGGGGUAAGAUACCAGUAAUAGCAAUGCUAGAGCAUGCCUGCAUUUUCCUUGCAUCAGGAUGGUUCCUUCCCUAGCUGGCAACCCAGGAAACCAGUGGGCACAGAACAGCAGCAGUAGCUGAAUUCUUGUGUAUCCAUGGACACAAGAUACUCUGAGUGUAGAUUACAAGGGGCAUCCAUCUUGCAUCUGAAAAAUGUAGCCAACUCUAGCAAGGGAAUUAAUCCUUAGAGGGCAGAAAUGUUUUAUACUGUGUAGAAUUCAAUUUUGAUUACUAAUGGUGAAGUACAGGUAGACAAAAUGUACUUGAAUUAUUUUUCUGCUACAGUCCCUUAUUGGUGCAAGCAGUUGUACCCCUCUGCAUUUUAGACAGAAACUGCUAAUGCUAAACCAGGCAGGCAGCAUAGACUGGAGUAGAGAAAAGCUAUUUUAAAUACAUGUGGGCCAGCUUAAAAGACUUAUUGAUUGUGCACAAAUAAAUGUGUGAGCAAGGCUGCUAAAGUUAAAAAAAUCUUCUACUGUAAUUUGGGUCCAUAGGAGGGACUCUUCAGAAAUAUGUAUAGAUAAAGCUGUAGUGACAUGAUCUUGGGCCUUUUCCCAUCAGUAGGUCUGUUCUGAGAUGCAUUGCUUUUGCGAGCAAAAUAACCUCACCUUGUAGAUUGACAAUGGCUCAAAAACCACAUGCAUCCAUGUAUUCCCCCCACUCUCUGCCCUCUCAUGCACACCUCAUAGAAGUAAUCUCUAUAUUGCAAUUAUCAAAGAUUUUUAUAUUAGAUUAUGCCAGUGAUGAGAACAAUCUCAACUGUACUUUAUGUAAUCAGAAUAUGUUUUUCUACUUUAUACCUCGGAGGCAUGGUCUAAUAGCAAUAAUAAUUACAUUCUCAUUUCCAUUGGUUAAUGUAUACAUACAUAAGUAUGUAUCUUAAAAUUACCAGGUCAAGUAUAUUUUUGUUGUUGUUGAUACCUUUUUAUUGCAUUAUAACUUCAAGUGAAUAACUGGGAUUUUUACAUGUCACUUUAGAUUGUUUACUGUAGUGUGCUAUAAACAUUAAUUUACAGAACUUGUACUUUUUAUAUUUCUGCUGAGCACAGUUUAUUACAAUAUUUGGGUUUUCCCCCUUCUUUGUAGUUACCCUUUAGUUCCUUUAGUUUCCUAAUGACAAGUAUGCAAAGUUUUUGAGGAUACCUGGUUGUUGAUCGAAGUGAACUGUGUAUCCUCUGAUGUUAUGCAGGAGUCUCUCUCAAACGUUUUUGUCCAGUGCAGCUGCAGGGACUUUGAAUCUGAUCAGAGCAGGGACUAGGAGGUUCUUAACCUUUUCUUGAUCAUUAUUUCUUCCUCAUGAUACUGUUGUUUUGUUCUCAUGGGAAGCAAUAGCUGGCUUUGGGUCUGAUUUAGUUCCCCCUCCAUGGGUGGGAAAAGAGGGAGAGAGGAUUUAGUACUCCUACGCUGAUCAGAACUGGAGCCCCAUUCUGUAUUUGCAUUAAAAUAAAAACGACUAUUGGAAACAUACUCCUUGUGUUAGACCUAGUUCACACCAAGGUAGUAUACCUCUGUCUGGUUGGUACUACUUUAGUCUACAGGUGAGGGCUAACAUGAUUGAAUGCUUCAAACUUAAAACAAAUUUCUUUACAUGGAAAACUUGAUACCUAAUUUUCUAAGUGCAGGCCAAAUGUUUGUUUAUGUCCUUGACAAGAACUAGGCCCCAGUAUUCUUGGCUGCAACUAUAUCUGUUCUUUCAUUCCAGUGUACAAAAUACACAUGGUGGUCUCAGUUAAGAAUGACACAUAUCAUUUAAAUUGCUGUUUUCUCCCAAAAUCCACAACCUUGAGGGGUUUAACAUUUCACUGUAGUCUCUCUGAUAUAUACUGUAGGGUAGGGAUGGGCAGCUGCAGGAGGUUGGGAGUUCUUUCCGUGCCCCCUCUUAUUUUUCCCCUGCUCAGCAGUUUGCUGCCAAAAUGCAGUGGCAUACUAUAUCAGUGGCCCUAAAAGCGUUAAAUAUUGGGCCCUGCUGAAACUGUCAAAUUUAUUUUGCAUACAAACUAAAUUUGAAUCUUUUAGCACUCCAUUGUUUAGUACUCAAAAUUGCUGCUGCUGAUUUUGGCAGUGUGGCAGGAGGGCAGAUCUACUCUAGGGGAACGCAGCUUUUUAAAUGUGUCAUUCAUAAUGGGCUGCUGUGUGUAUUUUGCAUUUGCAUAUAGAUGUCCAGUUCAGUCUAUGAAUCAGCUUUCAGUUAUGGCUCAGAUGAGAGUAUUUCAUCUAUAUUCAAAAGAGUUUCAUUCUCUUUGUUUUCCAUGCAAACGUUUGUACUUUGUUCAUUCUAAAACGUGUUCAGUUUUUCUCUGGCACAAACACUGUUCUGCCACCAGUUUGCAAUGUUUUGUUUCUUAUUCUCUCCACAUUUGUUCUUAAAUAAAAUCUAUGCUACUUUGUUCUGA